AUGGGUCUCGCAGCCGUCAGCAGGAUCGUCCUGCUCCUUUUCGCCACCGUCCUCUGCGGCGUGUUGGCUCAGGAUGCGCCCCUCUUCAUCCAGGGCGACUUUGUGGAUGCUACCGUCACCGACGACACCUACAACAGCGGUGGCACCAUCACGGUCAACGGCUGGGUGAUGAAGGUUCCCAAGAAUCUUCUGGUGCAGUUCCCGGCCGCCUGGGUCCCUUGGAGGGAGUUUGUCGCCAUCAAGAACGACUUGGUUGGCUUUGAGACUCUGGUCAUGGGCAACACGGUCAACGGCGAGCAGCGCGUCGGGCAGGUCGUCAUCUACCAGUUCUUUGAGAACCUGGCCAGCGGCUUCAUCGAGAGCAUCGACAUGGCCGACGGCAGCCUGCAGCUGCGCAACGGGCCCAAGGUGCGCAUCAACGACCCCAACGGCGUCUUCUCGGUCGGCUACAAGGGCUUCCCGCAGUUCACGGCCGACGACGUCAACCCCAGCAUCACGUCCUUCUCGGGCUUCCCCAUGUGCAUCCCCCGCAACAGCACGGACCCGCUUUGCCCGCUGAGCCAGCGUCCGUUUGCCGGGCCGGGCAUCUUCACGGCGCCGGACCCGCUCAUGAUGGCGCCGCUCCAGGCCGGCGACUUCAUCACGUACUCGGGCGUGCACAAGAACGGCGAGAUCCUGGCCUUCAACAUCGUCACCAUGAACACGCAGAUCCAGACGACGGGCAGCGUGGCCUACGUGCGCGUGGAGCUGGCGCUGCUGGGCAUCGACAACCCGUCGCCCAACGCCGAGAUCACGCCCAGCCGCUUCGUGGGCUUCACGUCCAACAACCGCGCCACCAUCUCGCUGUACGCCAUGGACGUCAACCCCUGCACCGGCGCGACCACGGACCGCAUCAUCGCGUCGACGGGGCUCCGCGGCGGCCGCAACGAGCAGAACAAGUUCGAGUACCGCAACAACGUCCUGGCCCGCUACACGCGCGAGUACCGCGCCACCGUCGAGAUCGACGGCAUCCAGCAGACCCGCACCACCAAGAACGGCCUGGUCGCCGGCACCUACGUCGCGCCCGUCAACGUCUGGGUCCAGGGCGAGCAGGUCGUCCCGGGCACCGCGCCCGUGCCCCACGACUUUUCCGAGAUGGGCUGGCUCACCAAGGGCGUCGGCGCCGACGACGACGGCAACAUCUGGGGACCCCUCGACCCCUUCCCGCAGACCGGCGUCCUCAUCGAGCCGCCCGUCUGCGCCACCACCACCACCACCACCACCACCACCCGCCGCUCGGCCAAGUUCAGGCGUGACACGUACGCUCACGUCCGCUCAGAGGCCGUCGCCGACGCCCAGAACGUGGGCACCGUCGACCCGGGCUUCAAGGUCGACCCUGCCGAGCAGGCCCUCAUCGACGCCAAGAUGGCCAAGAAGGCUGCUGCCGCGGCGGCUGCCGGCGUCACUCUGGUCCAAUCCGAGUACAGCACCAGCACCAGCACCGACAUGAUGGCGCUACGAGCCGCGCUAUUUCUGCUCGCCACAACCCCAGUGCACGGUGCCCUCUCCCCACCAACAAAGAUCGGCGGCGUCGAGUUCCCGUCGCUGCUGGACGCAACCAUAGACGACCUCGCACAGGGCCUGCAGGACAGGCUCUUUACGUCGGUAGAUCUCGUCAAAGCCUACCUGGCUCGCAUCGAAGACGUUGACGGAUAUUUCAGAUCCGUCACCGAGGUGAACCCAGACGCGCUCGAGAUAGCCGCCCAACUAGAUGCAGCCCGGGACAGGGGCGAGGCCAGGGGCCCGUUGCAUGGGAUCCCAAUCCUCCUCAAGAACAACAUCGCGACGGCGGACAAGAUGAACAACACGGCCGGGUCGACGUUGCUGCUGGGCGCCAAGGUGCCCCGGGACAGCUUUGUCGUGCAGAAGCUCAGGAGUGCCGGCGCCAUCAUCCUCGGCAAGGCGAACCUCAGCCAGUGGGCCAACUAUCGCGGCAGCUACCUCGCCAGCGGAUGGAGCGCACACGGCGGCCAGUGCCUCGGCGCGUACGUUCCCGAGCAGGAGCCGAGCGGGAGUUCGAGCGGGAACGCGGUGGCGGCUGCGCUGGGGUUGGCCGCCGGCACGUUGGGCACCGAGACGGACGGGUCCAUCAUCUCGCCGUCCGGGUGGAACAGCAUCGUCGGCCUCAAGACGACGGUCGGGCUGACGUCGCGCGACCUGGUCAUCCCCAUCAGCGAGCACCAGGACACGGUGGGCCCGAUGACGCGGACGGUCAAGGACGCCGCCAUCCUCCUGCAGGCGAUCGCCGGGGUCGACCCCAACGACAACUACACGUCGGCCAUACCGGGUGGUGGUGCCAUCCCCGACUACGUGGCGGCCUGCGACAAGGGGAGGCUCAAGGGCGCGAGGAUCGGGCUGCCGACCAACCUGCUGGACUACAUCUACGAGCAGGGCUACGGCGUCGAGCUCGAUGCCUUUCACGAUGCCGUGGACGUCUUGCGCGACGCCGGGGUCGAGAUCGUCGACGAGGCCAACUUCACCAGGAUGGACGACCUGAUGAACUCGGACAACGAGGCCGUGGUCAUGGACUCGGACUUUGUGUCCAACAUCGCCAAGUACCUCUCGCAGCUCUCGACCAACCCGCACGACAUCACCAACCUCUACGAGAUCCGCGGCCACACCCAGAGCCGGUCGGUGGAGGAGUGGCCGCACAGGGACACGUCGACGUGGGACGACGCGCUCGACCGGGGCUUCAACAACACAGACGUCAGGGCGUGGAAGGCGUACCAGUGGAACCUCGAGGUCGGCACCGAGGGCGGCGUCAUCGGGGCGCUGGACAGGCACGGCCUGGACGCCGUCGUGCUGCCGACCUCGUGGGCCUAUCGCUGGUGCGCCAUCAUCGGCUGUCCCGUCAUCACGGUGCCGCUGGGGUUCUACCCGGAGGAUGAACCGGUCGUGUUGAACCCCGGUGGUCUGGUGGAAUACGGGCCUGGCGUACCAUUCGGGUUUGCCUUUCUCGGUAGACACUUUAGCGAGGAAAAGCUCAUCGGGCUGGCGUAUGCCUUUGAGCAACUGACAAAGGUCCGCGACGAGCGGCCACCUUUUAUAGUUCCCAGGCACGAUAUACAUGACUUUGCCGAAAAGGGCGUCAUGAUGAACAUGUGGAGCCCGGAGAUGAAGGAUUUAUAA